AUGAGUUUGCUCCAUGUGUUUGGGUUUGGUUUAAAGGUGGGGCAUUUGCUAUGGAUACUAUGUUGCUGGAUUGUGUCUAUACUUUCCAUGAACUGGUUCAUUGAUGCUGGGAUCGAGGAGGGCAAGACUGGUUUGCUUGGUGAUGGUGGGAAGAAGAUGUGGUUCAAUUGGUGGGAGAAGAUCUCUGGUAACAGUUGCAAGAUCCACCAUUUCUGCUGCCACUAUAUUGGGUCGAAAAGAGUUGGUAGAACAUGGUGGAGAAAGCUUUUGAUCACUUGGGUUCUUGUUUGGACUCUAGUCUCCUUGUGGACUUUCUUGUAUAUGAGCUCUCAAGCUACUGAAAAGAGGAAAGAAACCCUUGCCAGCAUGUGUGAUGAGAGGGCUAGAAUGUUGCAGGAUCAGUUCAAUGUCAGCAUGAACCAUGUCCAUGCUAUGUCCAUUUUGAUCUCCACUUUCCACCAUGGAAAGGUCCCAUCUGCAAUUGAUCAGAGGACUUUUGCUAAGUACACCGAACGAACUGCUUUUGAGAGGCCUCUCACAAGUGGUGUGGCAUAUGCUGUGAGGGUGCUCCACUCUGAAAGGGAUCAAUUUGAGAAGCAACAGGGCUGGACUAUUAAAAGAAUGGAUACUCUGGAACAAAACCCUGUUCGUAAGGAUGACUACGACCCAGAAGCCUUGGAGCCAUCACCAAUCCAGGAAGAAUAUGCUCCUGUCAUCUUUGCUCAGGAUACCAUUGCACAUGUUGUUUCUCUUGAUGUGCUUUCUGGGACGGAAGAUCGUGAAAACGUGUUGCGUGCUAGAGAAUCAGGAAAAGGAGUUCUAACUGCUCCUUUCAGGUUACUAAAAACAAACCGGCUUGGAGUUAUCUUGACAUUUGCAGUAUACAAGAGGGAUCUCCCAUCAAAUGCAACUCCAAAUGAGAGGGUUGAAGCAACUGAUGGGUACCUUGGUGGAGUCUUUGAUAUUGAGUCUCUCAUAGAAAAGUUACUUCAACAGCUUGCAAGCAAACAAACCAUUCUCGUGAAUGUUUAUGAUACUACCAAUGACUCUCAGCCAAUCAGCAUGUAUGGCUCAAAUGUCUCCGGCGAUUGGUUUCAGCAUGUUAGUCACCUAAAUUUUGGAGAUCCCUUCAGAAAGCAUGAGAUGCGAUGCAGAUUCAAACAAAAAGCACCAUGGCCAUGGUUGUCUAUAACAACUUCGAUUGGAAUCCUUGUGAUUGCAUUGCUCGUUGCAUAUAUAUUCCAUGCAACUGUUAAUCGAAUUAUGAAAGUUGAAGAAGAUUUCCACAAAAUGGAGCAGCUCAAGAAAAAGGCUGAGGCGGCUGAUAUUGCAAAAUCACAGUUCCUUGCUACCGUCUCCCAUGAGAUCAGAACCCCAAUGAAUGGUGUACUAGGAAUGUUGCAUAUGCUUAUGGACACAGACUUAGACGUGACACAACAGGAUUAUGUUAGAACUGCGCAAGCCAGUGGAAAAGCCCUAGUCUCACUGAUAAAUGAAGUUUUGGACCAGGCAAAGAUUGAAUCUGGUAAACUUGAGCUUGAGGAAGUGCGGUUUGAUCUGCGUGCAAUUUUGGACGAUGUAUUGUCGCUCUUCUCUGGAAAAUCUCAAGAGAAAGGAGUAGAGUUGGCUGUUUACAUCUCUGAUCGGGUGCCUGAAAUGCUUAUUGGUGAUCCUGGAAGGUUUCGGCAAAUAAUCACCAAUCUCAUGGGAAACUCAAUUAAGUUCACGGAGAAAGGACACAUUUUUGUCACCGUCCACCUGGUUGAGGAGGUUGUUGAAUCAAUAGAAGUUGAGACGGAAACAUCAUCUAAUAACACCUUGAGCGGUUUGCCUGUAGCAGAUAGAUGCCGUAGUUGGGCAGGGUUUAAAACUUUCAAUCAGGAUGGAUCUGCUCUUACCUUUUCAUCAUCAUCCUCUGACAUCAACCUAAUAGUGUCAGUUGAGGAUACAGGAGUUGGGAUUCCUCUAGAGGCACAAUCUCGUGUUUUCACCCCUUUUAUGCAGGUUGGUCCAUCUAUUUCCAGGACUCAUGGAGGCACAGGAAUUGGACUGAGCAUAAGCAAAUGUCUGGUUGGCCUCAUGAAAGGAGAAAUUGGAUUUGUUAGCAUUCCUAAGAUUGGCUCCACCUUCACAUUUACUGCUGUCUUCGCUGAUGGCUGCUCCAAUUCAAAUGAAUUUAGUAGCCAGAAAAUCAACAACCAGUCGAUUUCAUUGGAGUUUCAGGGCAUGAAGGCAGUAAUUGUAGACCACAGACCAGUUAGAGCAAAGGUGUCAAGGUAUCAUAUCCAACGUCUUGGACUUCAUGUGGACAUAGUACCUGAUUUAAAUCAAACUUUACGUAGCAUAAGCAGUGGGAAAGCAGUUGUUGAUGUUGUCCUUGUAGAACAGGAAGUCUGGGAUAGGGAUUCUAGCAUGUCGAUCCUCAUGACCAACAAUUUUCAGAAAGUUGGCCGAGGAUUUCAGCUUUUCCUGCUGGCAAAUUCAGUUAGCCCUGCCAAAGCAAAUAGUGCUACUUCUGAUGGUUAUAAUCCGACAGUCAUUAUGAAACCCCUAAGAGCAAGCAUGCUUGCUGCAUCAUUGCAAAGAGCCAUGGGCGUCGGAAACAAGGGGAAUCUUCGCAAUGGAGAACUCCCUGGUUUGUCUCUCCGAAAUCUUCUUCUUGGCAGAAAAAUUCUAAUUGUGGACGACAAUAAUGUGAACCUUAGAGUGGCAGCUGGUGCUUUGAAAAGGUAUGGAGCUGAUGUAGUCUGUGCUGAGAGCGGGAAAAAGGCAAUCAAAAUGCUCAAACCACCCCACUGUUUUGAUGCCUGCUUUAUGGAUAUCCAGAUGCCAGAAAUGGAUGGGUUUGAAGCAACAAGGAGGAUUCGGGACAUGGAACUUGAUAUGAACAAUCGAAUUCAGCAUGGUGAAGUAUUGUAUGAAAGUACUUCAAAUUGGCAUGUCCCUAUUUUGGCCAUGACAGCGGAUGUUAUCCAGGCUACACAUGAAGAAUGCCGUAGGUGUGGGAUGGAUGGAUAUGUGUCAAAACCAUUUGAAGCAGAGCAACUAUAUAGGGAAGUUUCACGCUUUUUCCAAUGAGCCUCAGAUAGGAAAUUAUAGAGCAGAGAUCGGUUGAAACCAUUAUAGGAGUGCCUGUUGUCAGUGAUGCAAACGAAUAUGCUUAAAAUGGGCUCAGAGUCCUUACCAAGAGAAAUGCAUGAUUUCUGGCAAAGGGUGUAUAUAGGAAUGAUGGCUGAUUGGUCGAGUUUGAGUUUUUUUGGACCGCAUGAUAGGACAGAUAGGAAAGCUAUAUGAUUUUUCCAUGUGUAAAGUUGUUCUCAUUUAAUAGGCCACUGAGUCAACAGGGCGGUAUAAUGAGAUUUCUGUGCAAAGUUAAAAAAGUCUGCAAUAGGAAGAUAGGAGGUUAGGAUUCAGAAUUUAGCAAUGGAGGAGAGAAACCCAGAAAUCAAAAAGUUCAAUAAUAAAAAGAAUAAUGACAAAAUGAAGACGACUCAAGUGCCCUUUUCUUCAAGUGUUUGUAUCAUAUAGAGAUUUGUAGUUGGAAGUUGAAGAAAAUUGAAGAUAGCUUCUCAGCAAAACAAAGGUGGGAGAUGCAUCUUGUAUAUUAUCACUUUCAAUAAAGUUUGUUCCUAUGUAUUUAAAUACAUUUUUUGUUACUCUGCAAGUUUUGUGCUGAUUUACUGAUGUAACUAAUACAGUUUAGUGGACAGAUUGAGCAAUUCAUCAGGCAUCAUUGCUUUGUUU